GGAUUAAAAUUACAAAAAUAUGUGAACGGAAAAACCGAAGAACUGUAUACAAGAAGUGUGAUUUGAUCUGCAAACCCUAAACUCUUCCACCAUGACACUCACCAGAUCCUUGAUGCUCCUGCUGCUCUUGGUUUCAUCGAAUUCAGCUUUUCAAUCCGACGAGCUUCUAGUCGACGACGAAGAAUUCGGUCUAGAAGGUGGCCGUUCCCCUAAUAUUGACCUAACACUUUCAUCAUCACCUCCGAUCCCAUCUCGUGUUCAUUCCCCUCCAAAAUCCACUCGUAAGAGGUCGGUGGAUUCUGAAUCAGACUCCAGAGUUCAAUUCGUUCUCGAACACGCGUUGGGGGUUUCCUCCGAGUUCUCCGCCGCCGGCACUUUCACUGCUCGACUCAAGGCUUCUGCAAAUGGCGGACAGAUUCUUACAAAGCUUCGGUUCUCAAGGAAUGAUCUUACUGCAACAGAGAAGGAGAAAUUCAAAAAACUACUGGAAGACGACGAUUUCUACAGAAUAAGAUUGCCAUCUGACGUGUUAAAUGCUUCUGGGAGGGACUAUGUUAUUUCCUCAGUGAAGGCAAGAUGUCUCCCGAAGGAUGGCUUGGAAGAGCAUAUUCUUAUACACAUGGAAGGUGUUAACAUUUUGGCUGUCAGCUACGGUUCUCAUGGGGCCUGCCAGCAUCCUCGCCAACUGAGACUUCCUUCAAAGUGGUCCUUCAACUCUCAUACACUUUUAAAAUACAGCGAACAGGCGCCGAGGACUCCAACAUUUUCUGAAGAUAUCGGUGGUGUUGAGAUAGGAGAUGAAGAAGGUGUAAAGCCAUUGGAGAGGUCCUUUUGGGCUAAAUAUUGGAUGUACUUGAUUCCUCUUGGACUUAUUGUGAUGAAUGCUGUCACCCAAGCCAUGAACAUGCCUGAGGAACAGGCUAGCGGUGCAGCAGGUGCCCAACCACAGCAGGCAGUUGCUGCAGGUCCCCGGGGACAGAGUGCAGCUGUACGGAGACGAUGAUGCAGGAUUCUUCAAGUAGCUGGCAAUGGCAUGGAUGGUGGCGGUCUUACGGCAGCGGGGGCAACUUACCAUUCGACUGUAGAUGUUGUAGUUUUCUAAUAUGACAAUGAUACAGGCUUCAUCCACUUGAAUCAACCCAUUCUUUGUGUUGAGAUGAUUAAAGGCAUUGAGGAUUUUGUUAUAAAAGGGAUUACUUUACUACUGAACUCUCCUUGUUUCAUUGCAUGUUUUCGCAAUUGUUUUCAUUUUAGGGUUCAUAUGAUAACCACAAACGGUACUUUCC